AUGUGGUGGUUUGUUGCAACCCUGGCUUUGCUACACACACUGGUGAACCCAGCAGGUGUCAUCAAGCAGAAACGGGCUGUAAAUCCUGAGACAUUCAUGAAUGUUAGCCAAAUAAUACAUCACAAAGGGUACCCCAGUGAGGAAUAUGAAGUCCUGACCUAUGAUGGCUACUACGUCACAAUGAACAGAAUUCCUUACGGGAGAGAAGACCCUGGGAACAAAGAUCCAAGGGCCAAGCCACUUGUGCUUCUCCAGCAUGGGUUACUUGGAGAUGGCAGCCACUGGGUGGAAAAUCUGGCUAACAACAGCCUUGGCUUCAUACUGGCAGACUCUGGCUACGAUGUCUGGUUGGGAAACAACCGGGGAACAAGCUGGUCCCGGAGACACCAGUGCUUUUCUGAUGACCAAGCUGAAUUCUGGGAUUUCAGCUUUCAUGAAAUGGCAAUGUAUGACCUUCCGGCCAUGAUCAACUUUGUGCUGCAGAAGACUGGGCAGAAGCAGAUCUAUUACGUUGGCUACUCCCAGGGCUGCACCAUUGCGCUCAUUGCAUUCUCAUCCAUGCCAGAACUGGCUCAGAAAAUCAAAACAUUUUUUGCCCUGGCUCCAGUUGUGACAGUCAACCACACCAAAAGUCCCAUCAUGAAAAUGUCCUUUCUUCUGGACAAGCAAUUCAGGAUGUCUCAGCUCCUGCUUGGCAAAACGGAUGCCUCACUGAGGAUAAGGAAGCUGUGGAGGUUUCUCCCCAAGCUGUGUGGGCACCCUCUGCUGCACAAGCCUUGUGCCAACCUCUUCUUUCUUCUGGGUGGCUACAAUAAGAAGAACCUCAACAUGACACGUCUGGAUGUGUACACAGCCCACUUUCCAGAUAGGACAUCUGUCAAAAAUAUAAUACACUGGGCCCAGGUGAAGAAAUCAGGAGAAUUCAAGGCUUUCAACUAUGGUAGUGAAAACCGAGACAUGUACCACCAGGAGACACCUCCCUCCUACCAGGUUGAGGAGAUGUCUGUGCCCACUGUGGUGUGGUCAGGGGGGCAAGACUGGGUGGCUGAUUUGAAGGAUAUCCACCUGCUGCUGCCCCGCAUCGCCCACCUUGUCACCUACAGUAACAUCCCAGACUGGAACCACUGGGACUUCAUCUGGGGCUUGGAUGCCCCCAGGCGCCUCUACAGCAGCAUUCUGGAGCUCAUGGAGGGGUCUGAGUAG